UCGCGCGCCGGGGCCGCCGCUCGCUCCUCCCGCUCCCCGCCGCCGCGGCCGCCGCUGCCCCUCCUCUCCCGGGCGUCGCGGCCGGCCCGCUGCCUCUGCGGGCUGCAUGAGGAGGAGGAGGCGGAGGAGGAGGAGGAUGUGAAGAUGGCGGAGCUGCAGAUGCUGCUGGAAGAGGAGAUCCCGGGGGGCCGCCGGGCCCUCUUCGACAGCUACACGAACCUGGAGCGGGUGGCCGACUACUGCGAGAACAACUACAUCCAGUCAUCUGAUAAGCAGCGUGCCCUAGAAGAAACCAAAGCCUACACCACCCAAUCCUUAGCAAGUGUCGCGUAUCUGAUCAACACCUUGGCCAACAAUGUCCUGCAGAUGCUGGACAUCCAGGCGUCCCAGUUACGGAGGAUGGAGUCUUCAAUCAACCAUAUUUCACAGACAGUUGAUAUUCAUAAAGAGAAAGUUGCAAGAAGAGAAAUUGGCAUUUUGACUGCCAGUAAAAACACUUCAAGAACCCAUAAGAUCAUUGCGCCAGCCAGCCUUGAGCGACCAGUUCGUUAUAUUCGAAAACCCAUUGACUAUACAGUUUUAGAUGACAUUGGACAUGGGGUAAAGUGGUUGCUUAGAUUUAAGGUCAGUACCCAGAAUAUGAAGAUGGGUGGUCUGCCACGCACAACCCCUCCAACUCAGAAGCCCCCAAGCCCCCCUAUGUCAGGAAAGGGGACACUUGGGCGGCACUCCCCCUAUCGCACACUGGAGCCAGUGCGUCCUCCAGUGGUUCCAAAUGAUUACGUACCUAGCCCAACCCGUAAUAUGGCUCCCUCGCAGCAGAGCCCUGUGAGGACAGCUUCUGUGAAUCAAAGAAAUCGAACUUACAGCAGCAGUGGGAGCAGCGGGGGAAGCCACCCGAGCAGCCGGAGCAGCAGUCGGGAGAACAGUGGAAGCGGGAGUGUGGGGGUUCCCAUUGCUGUUCCUACUCCAUCUCCUCCCAGCGUCUUUCCAGCCCCUGCUGGCUCUGCUGGCACUCCUCCCCUUCCUGCUACUUCUGCAUCUGUCCCCACCCCUCUUGUUCCUGCCACUGUCCCCUCCUCCACUGCCCCAGAUGCUGCUGCUGGGGGCGCACAGACCCUUGCUGAUGGCUUCACUUCUCCAACUCCCCCUGUUAUUUCUUCCAAUCCCCCCACAGGUCAUCCUGUUCAGUUCUACAGCAUGAAUAGGCCUGCCGCUCGUCACACACCACCCACAAUAGGGGGCUCAUUGCCCUAUAGACGUCCCCCUUCUAUAACUUCACAAACAAGCCUUCAGAAUCAGAUGAAUGGAGGUCCUUUUUAUAACCAGAAUCCAGUAUCUCUUGCUCCUCCUCCUCCUUCCAUCCUCCAGGUAACUCCUCAGUUACCUUUAAUGGGAUUUGUGGCCAGAGUCCAAGAAAAUAUUUCAGAUACACCACCUCCACCACCACCUGUGGAAGAGCCAGUGUUUGAUGAGUCCCCUCCUCCACCACCUCCUCCAGAAGAUUAUGAAGAAGAGGAAGCAGCUGUGGUUGAGUACAGUGAUCCUUAUGCUGAAGAGGACCCACCCUGGGCACCAAGGUCUUACCUGGAAAAGGUUGUGGCAAUUUAUGAUUAUACAAAAGACAAGGAAGACGAGCUGUCCUUUCAGGAAGGAGCCAUUAUUUAUGUCAUCAAGAAGAAUGAUGAUGGUUGGUAUGAGGGAGUUAUGAAUGGAGUGACUGGGCUCUUCCCUGGGAAUUAUGUUGAGUCCAUCAUGCAUUAUUCGGAGUAAAGUCCAGCACAGCUCUGCUUCACUUUCAGGAGGCCAGGUCUUCCCAGAUUAGCUAAAGGCCCUGGGAUUUCCUCUCAUUGAAAUGAAUGAUGCUUACAAAUGAUAAAGUUACUUCUUUUAUUACUGGUUUGGUUUAUCCCCUAGUAUUAAAAACAAAAAAAUUAGCCAAGUCUGAACAAAUGGAUCUUCUUGCUGUCAUUUGUAUUACGCUGUCUGGAUUGAAAAUGUGACCAUUUCUCAAUCUGUGAAAGUCAUAACAGUAUGAACAUGUAGCUAAAACAAAUCAGACCAAGACUGUCUUGAGGAAAAAAAAAAAAAAGCUGGGACCUUUCUCAGGAAUACUGUACACCCUGGAUUUCUCUCCCUUAGAACCUGUGACAUUGGAUACUCAUCGCCUCUGCUUUGGGGCUACCUCAUGGCCUGGCGGGCGACCCUUUUCCCUCACUUUCUCUCACUACAUGGAGAGGAAGGAACCAGUGUUUAAAAACUCUAUUUAACUACUUUUCGAUUAUUUCAAAAGGCUGUUUUUCUUCUUUAACACUGUAAAUCCUGUGUUCUCUUAGCACUGGAGUGCGCUAGGUGAGUUGAUCCUGAACUCCCUUGCAUCCUGUUAUGUUUGUAGAUUAUAAGGAUGACAAAAUGUGAAAGUCUCCAGACAUUCCCAGGGUUAACAAUCAGUUUAAUUUUUAAUGCACUGUUGCAUGAGACUGCAUUGCUGAUAGCAGUGAAACUGAUGUGAAGUGUGGUGGGUACUUCAUGUACUGAGGUGGUUUGGUGAAGCUGGACACAGGUCCUGAGGCUGUGGAGCUCAGUCUUGGGCACUGUUUCAGAGAGUAGGGCCUAGAAAGAAAAUUACCGUUGUCUUGCUAUUUGAAAAACAUUUCCCCUCCUUUUUAGAAGAGACUAGCUGUCGAGUCUCUCGGCAGUCAUUGGACCGGGAAUGAAAGGCCGCUGCUCUGCUCGUGGACCAUUACCAAUGGCAGUGUUAGCUGAUGCUGAGUUUUGUUUUUAUUCUUUCCACUAUAGAAAAGUCAUAUCUUCCUGGUUUGGUGUGAUUACAUUCUAAAGUAGUAACUCCUAGUAAGAGUCUGAACCUUGUGAUUCAGAGUAAAGAGUGUACUGGAAAAGAUUAGUAGGACAAAAUACCCAGUCACACCAAUGAAAAUCAGUAUUAUUUUGAAACAGUUGGCAUCUUCCCUCAUCUACAGUUAAUUUAAGUUCAGUGGGGCUUAUGUCUGGUGGUUUUAAUAAUCCCUUCUGUAAUUUGUGUAAGAAAUAUUUGAAAGAAAAUAGAGGAGGUAUUGCUGCCCAGGAGGUAAAGGCCAUGGCGGUGGGCAAGUGCAUGUUUAGGGCCAAAGCUCCAGCGUGGAUUCUUACCAGUCCAGUAAACGGGCCAGAAUGAAACUGGGUAGGUAACUCCACCGCCAGGGUGGGAAGGAAGAGGAAGUAAAGAUGUCAUAUUGAGAUGCAGGCCUCGCACAUGCCGGCUGGUGAAGCUGGGAGGCGGUUGGAGGCUAACAAGCAGAGAUGUGGAGAAAGCAGGCUGCACAGGCAGAAGCCAACACGCCACCGUAGAUCUGUCAUCUGAGCCCGAGGCUGCACUGUGACUCAGGUCUGACCAGUGUCCUUCUCAAGACUUCUGCUUUAGUGUUUUGUUUGUUUCAGACAUGGAGUUCCUCCUACUCUAGCUUUCCAAAUACUUGGAUUACAAGCAGGAGCCAUUAUACUAAGAACAGGCUUUUAUUUUUUAAUGUUUUUUAAGUCACAUUGCACACCAGCUAUUACACUUUUAGAUUUUUCUGAAUGCUUUGGAUUUAUCUUUAACUUGUUUCUAGUUCACUUUCCACUUCAUGCUUUUGUUAGGUCAUCUUGACUGUCUGUAGAAUAUGUCUCCGAAUGUCCUCUUUAGCUCCAUUAUGGACCCAGCAAGACUAUAUAUGAACAUGUUUAACUUUGCUUGUACACGGAAACUUUUGAAAAUAGUUGUACUAAUUAUUUAAAUUCUUUUGCAAAACAAACUUAGUGGAUUAAUAAGACAUCUGGAAACCCAGCAAAUGACUAGCUUUGUAUAGUCACAGUAACAGCUGGUGGUAGGUACCAGGAAGACAUCUUACCUUCUGGACCCCUGUUGAAUUAGGGUUUGUAGAAAACUCUUGUGAGGUCCUUUGUGCUAAAGACUUGCAUUGGGGGUAGUAAUCCAUGGGCCAGCUGAAACUACCCCGCCUCGUAUUAUUGAACACUGAUGUGAUAUUAAAAACAACAAUCUUUUGACCCUUUCCCCCAGUCUUUUAAAUUCCUGCUAUUUUGAAUUUUAUGAAUUGUCUUGGAAGAAUACUGUGUAACAGUGAACCAGGCUUAUAGUAAUUGGAGACUUUUAAUGUAUGUAAUAUUUUAUAGAUUGCAUGCUGUUAAUACUGUGAGGUUAUUUCCUGUUUUAUUGUAAAUUUUCCCAUUUAUUUGUCCAUAAACUAAAAUAUGGUUGAUACUAGUAAUUUCCAACAAAUGUUGAGACUUUGCUGACCAGUAAGCAACCACUUUACCAAGACACAGGUACUCUGAUGGCACUGGUCUCUGCUGAAAUGUCUGAUUCUAUGUGCAGUUCCUUUACCCUUAAAAAAAAAAAAAAAAAAAAAGACCAGACAUUUGUCUUUUUUUUUUCUUUCUGCUAUUAAUAUUUGAAAGGCCAUGGAUCUGAAUGAAAAUACAUUCUUGUGUUUGACCUUAUAGCCAAGGCAAAUUAGAAACAAAAAUAGUGCCAAUAUUUUGAAAUCUAGACCUAAGAUUUCAGCCUGCUGUGUUUGGAAUAAAUAUGAGUUUUUAAAGAGGUCUCCUACAGUAUUUUCCUUUUGGCUACUUCCUUGUGUCUUCCUCAGAGGAACUUGCUGUCGCCAUCUUGGGAUUGGUACAGGACUGCUGAUUUUGCCGUUAUUAUGUUUAUUCCCUCCUUUCCUUAACAGUACUACUGUUGUUUUUUGCCGGGCGAGAGAGUGGUUUAUGCAUCUUUACAAAUGAUGUCUACCAUGUAGUUGUACUCAUUAACAAUUUUAUGUUGAUUAAAGAUGAUUCUUCUGUGUCGGACAUCAAAAUGAUAGUUUUUUUCAGUUUUUAUUUUCUUUAAAGGUUACCUUUCUGCAGUACAGCUUGUUUUACAAACUUCAUUACCUUUCCUCCUUAUGGAGAGAACAUGUGUCCUGAAGGCUGCCUUUGCCCCUGAAGGGGCGUUGCUGGGAGAAAUGGUAGGUUGACUGGCAAAUCUCUCAAGUGAAGGGGGCUGUUUGCUUUGAGCAGCUUGGGCCAGGGGCUCCGAAAGGCGCCAUUUCCCACCACUGUUUACUUGGAAUCAGAGAUUUUGAACUACUAAGCUUUACAUCGUUUCUCCCAGUAUCACUUUAACAAUGGGGUUAGGUGCUUUGUUUCAGAUAAACAGCUAGCUAGUUCUUGACUCAGUGCUCUCUCCGCUGUACCAACUGUCAGAAUUAAAUGUGCUGCAUUUUUCUUUAGAAAUAGAGUCUACCUGUUUUCAGGGUUAUACUUGAAAAAAACAUGCCAUGUUUUAAUAAAGAAACAAAAACAACCACCCAAGGAUUCUAAAGGAGUCUAAGCGCAACCUGAGUGGAAUAAUCUUGGUUUAACUCUGAAACUGCAUUCAUAAACACCUUUCCAUACAGCUGUGGGUAGCAAGAAUGCACUGCACUUAGUUCUUCACUGGCAGCGGCAGGGUGGGGCCCGACACAGUACACAGCCUUACUUACAGGGCCUCACAAAGUGUGAAUGGAGGCACCGAGCUCCCUAGCUGAGCUUGCUUCAUGCUCUUUGUUUUAUCGAGAAGCUCUAUGUAAAAAAAUCAACAAAUGAAAUGGCAGGGCCUAGCUGUGUAAACAAUCCUUGCUAAAUGUUAAUUUUUUUGUAAAAAAAAAAUUAUUUUCACAUUAAACUGGAACCUCCUUUGCAAGUUCAGAAUUCUAUGGAAAAGCAAUUUUUAACCAUACUUUGUGUCCACGUACUUUUUUUUUUUUUUUAACAAAAUGGUUUACAAAAAGAAUGUAAACAAUUUAUGAUCUGGCCAGUUAAACUUUAAAGCUCCCACUGUUGGUGGUACUGAGUAAAAAAAAAAACAUUCAGGCAACUGUUGCCAGUAACAUUCCUUGUGUGCGCCAUUAAGCACCUCCAGAUGAGUGAGGGACAUUCACGUAAUUUUUAAAUUGUAUUUGGAAAAACUAUUGCUGUGUACUAAGAACUUGACCCAAAUAAAAAUCACACGAAGUAUA